AUGUCGUUGAUUAGAGCAUUCACUCAUCUGGCCAACCAGCCGCGCGCCCCUGAAGCACUCUACACCCUCAAACGCAUAGCCGAUUUAGCGUAUCCUAUUAUGAAACAGCACGGAUGGGUGAUCCCAGUACUUUCUGAGUUCUUCCCCGACGAUGAGCGUUUACUCGGCUUAAAUAUCAACUCUGGAGAUAAAAUCCUGAUUCGGCUCCGUCCAGCCCGAAGUCCUGGUACAUUCUAUCCGAUAGAACAGUUAGUACGUGUCAUGCUCCACGAGCUGACCCACAAUGUUCAUGGUCCACACGACGAACGGUUUUACUCAUUAUUAAACAAACUCGAAGACGAGUAUGACACACUCGUCACAAGCGGCUGGCAAGGAAGCGGGUUCUAUGCGCCGGGCGAACGGUUAGGCAGCAAGGACCAAGGGGGUUGGGGUAGUAGAAGCUGGGGUUCCUUCGACAUAGGUAGCCGGAGGAAAGCUCUGGAAGCUGCUGAAGCACGUCUAAAGAUAGAAAGAUCUCGCUCAGGAGGUCGAUUAGGUGGUUCAGAGUCGUCUGCGCGAGCCGGUAGAACUAUACAAGAGCUCGCAGCCAAUGCAGCGGACCGUCGCCGUAGGGACAAGCAAACAUGCGCAGCAUCGCACCCUUCCGCUGAUCGCGAAGCCGCUCGCGCUGCUGUCGAUAGCAUUGCGAGCGUCGUUGAGGACGCAGACCUUGCUGAAGCACUUCAACUGAGCAGCGUGCUCGCCGAGCCUGUGGAUCAUCCCAACUCCACGAGGGCAACGGUUGUUGAGCUACCAACCUCGCUUGCUCGGGUCGUGUCUGAUCCCAAUACUCAUGGUCCAUUUGAUGAAUCCAUCAUUGAAAUAUCAGAUUCAGAUUCAGAAGGCGAGUCGAUCUCUCCGCGCGCUCACCCUUCCUCAAAUGGACGGCAAUGCCUAUCGUGCACUUAUCUCAAUCCACUCGGAACCACACGAGAUAGUUGCAAACUAUGCGAGGCACCCCUACCGAAUACUUUUGUUCAAUCUCAAGAGGAGCCGUGGACAUGUGUGAAGCCACUGGGCCCCCAAACCCCAGACACACGGGGAGGCUUCAGAGGUAAAAGCGUUACCCAGUGCUACUUGGACUUGUGGAUUAUGCACUUUGAUCAACGUGUAUGCAUCGAAAGCCUGUUCCUUGUGCGACGGACCGUGUCCCUUGAUAAUCCCUCCAAGUUCCGGUCCUUCCCACAAGAGCCAGUCAUUUAUUCCGGGACCUCGCUCCCCAUUGAAUAG